AUGAACCGGGAUGAGGUCGUCCCUCGAGAGAUGCAGUGCGCCUACCGCAGCAAAUUCUGCGAUGCCCCGCGGGCCACGAAACUCGAUGGCACGCUGCAUAAACUGUGUGACUUUCACCGCCACAAGGCGAAUGCGAACCAGCAGCGAUUGCACCGGCGCAAGAAGCGCAUCCUUGAACAACAGGUUGCUACUGCUACUGCUACUGCUACUGCUUCGACGCUGCCUGUCACGCCAGUAGGCGGCUGCUCGCUAUCAAAGCGAGCACGACUGAGUCCCAAGAGUCCACGAAGUACGAUGGAGCCCUUCGAUCCUGUCACAUUUCCAACCGGGUUUAACCUGCUGGAGGUCAAGAUCUUGGAAGUACUGCUCUUUGGCUCGGAAGGCGCGACUUUGAGGCCACCGCAGUCAGUGAGAGUCAUAAAGGACGACGAUUGGAGUGCGUCUGGGGUUCCUCCGACGCCGUCGAUGACGCCCGUGCCUUUGCUUGACAGUGUCUGGUCUGUAACGCUGUGA